UCUAAGACCUCCUUCGAGCACGCGUCGCUCAAGGGGGCGAGCCUGCGCGGGGUGGGCCUUUCAAGUGCCUCGCUCAAGCACGCCUCCUUCGCACACGCUGACCUCUCCCAGUCCGACCUCUCCGGGGUGAACGCCAACGACGCCAGCUUCGUCAAUGCCACGCUCAGCUUCGCCUCGCUGACGGGUGCGAGCGGGCAGGGCGUGAUGGCGGAAAACGCGAACUUUUCGCUCGCCCGGCUGGACAACGCAUUCUUCAGCGGCGGCAAUCUGAAGGGCGCCUUUUUUCGAGGCGCGGACCUCACCGGCGCAAGUUUCAACGACGCCCUGAUCGAGCAAGCCGACUUCACAGGCCUCCGCCUU